AUGUACUUUUCCGCGCGCACCGUCACCGGCCUCGCCGUCUUCAUCACCUUCGCUUUCUUCUACACCGUCACCACGCUCUCUGCACGCGACCCGACAUCUGUCUUCUUCAGCCCGCGCAAAGGGUACGCGCCUCGGUACUCGGCUAUCCGACGACAGCAGGCCCAGGCCUUCAUCCAGUCAUACAGCUCGGCCGCGAGCUCCAGCGUCGUCAAGGCUGCAGACGACAAGAGAAAGCUAUGUGUGGGCAUCCCAUCGUACCGCCGAGACAACUCGCGUCACCUUCCCAGCGCAAUGGGCUCCUUGCUCGAGGGCCUGACGCCGGAAGAGAGGCGCGAGAUCUACCUGAUGGUCUUCAUAACACACUCGAACCCCAACCACCACCCGGCCUACAACGAGGAGUGGCUGGCCGGGCUUGCUGACGAGGUCUUGACGUACAAGUUUGGAGACGACCAGAUGCAGGGCAUUCGCAACAUGGAAGCCAAGGGCGGCGCCUUCAUCGAGAAGGGCCUGUUCGACUACGAGUACCUGCUGAAGAAGUGCGCCGAGCAGUACACACCCUACAUUGCCAUCAUCGACGACGACACGGUCGCCAUGGACGGCUGGUACCACCGCACCAUUGCAGCCAUCGACGAGGCUGAACGACAAGCCGCCAUUGUGCAUUCCAAACCCGACUUCCUCUACCUGCGCCUCUUCUACACCGAAGAGUUCUGGGGCUGGAACGCUGAGUACUGGCACACGUACCUCUACUACUCCAUGUUCGUCGCCGCCAUCCCCACGGCCCUGCUGUUCGUCAUACGCUUCACCAUGCCCACCACAAAGUACUCUCUCGCCCUCACCACCCGCCGCUCCAUGAUCGCAAUCUACGCCAUGACCGGUACCAGCAUCCUCCUCUUCUUCGCCCUCGGCCGCACCACCGUUCUCCCGCUCCCCAUUGGCGUGCACGAGAUGCCCGCCUUCGGGUGCUGCAGCCAAGCCUUCGUGUUCCCCACGCAGAAAGUCGUCGACCUCAUCUCCUACUUCCGCGAGCGCCGCAUCGGCAACACCGAAGUCCUGAUCGAAGACUACGCAAACGAGAGAAACGAGCUGAGGUAUGCAAUCACGCCGAGUGUGAUCCAGCACGUGGGGAGGAGCAAUCGGGAGACGGACUUCAAGCCACGGAGCGAGAAGGAGAAGAUCUGGAGCUUUGGGUUCGAGAGGUACGAUUGGACGGUCUUGAAGAAAGAACACGAGGAGGUUGCUCGCGAGAAGAACAUGGACUUGAAGCACAAGGCGACGGCGUCUUGA